AUGGCGCGAAGUCGCCAGAAUCGCUUGGAAACGUUGUUCAAGGCCACGCGCUGGGCGCAAGCUGAAAAGGCGCCUCUGGCGUCCAGGUUGCUCGGGUUGCCAGCAGUUGCCAUGAUGUCUGCAGCUGGCCCGCCGUUUUCAAAGGAGGGGCCAAUGGAGGCUGCUGCCACAAAGCCGCCUGCAAGUGACAGCAGCGAUCAGGAUGGUGACAAUCUCUUCGAAGGGCUUUUUUCCAAAGACUUGGACGACCCCGACGAGGCGAAGUGUAGUAGUCUCUUCGUUUUAGGGUUUAGGGUUUAG